UUGUCAUUUGAAGCAACAUUGUGUCUAGUUGUCAACAAAGCACUCAUGGCUAGACGUUAUUUAUUUUAGGUGGAAUUGGUCGACAUACUGUUUUUAACUUUGCAAGCAAAAUCCGCGAUAUUGUUGGCACUUACCAGCCUGGGUAUUCUGGGUAGCCGUUUUUUUUUGCCCUGGAACAGGAACUUGCAGUCAUUUUCCCUUUCUCAUCUAGGAUGGCGGCAAAUGAGGGAGACGAGGCGACUCUUUCCUUAGUAGAUGUUCUGGAAGAGGACGAGGAGUUGGAGAACGAGGCAUCAGCCGUUUUGGGGGGCAGUGAUUCUGAAAAGUGUUCAUAUCCAGAGGGGCAUGUGAAAAGACAGGCCCUAUAUGCCUGUAACACCUGCACACCGAAGGGGGGUGAACCAGCAGGCGUCUGUCUGGCCUGCUCCUACAAAUGCCAUGAGGGCCAUGAUCUAUUCGAACUGUACACCAAAAGAAACUUCCGCUGUGACUGUGGAAACAGCAAAUUUGGACAGACGGAGUGCAAGCUGUACUCUGAGAAAGAUCCAUUGAACACUGACAACAAGUACAGCCAUAACUUCUUUGGUCUGUAUUGCACUUGUAACAGACCAUAUCCAGACCCUGAAGACCAUGUGGAAGAUGAAAUGAUUCAGUGCAUCGUCUGUGAGGACUGGCUCCAUGGCAGGCACCUGAGCCGCCCUGUUCCAGAGUGCGUGGAGCUUCAGGAGAUGGUGUGUGAGUCGUGCAUGAACAAGAACGCCUUCCUGUGGAUCUACGCAGCCCACCUGGAAGUGCCCCCUGUGACCAAAGUCAGCCCGGGCAAAGUAGAGGAGGAGGUGAAGACGGAAGGAGGACAGCACAGCGAGGAAGGGAAGGACGGAACAGAAGAGGCCUCCACAAGUCUCACCAACCACGGGGAGGACAUGUCAAAAGCCAACGGGUCAUCGAGCUGUAAGAGGAAGCACCAGGAGUUGGAGGUGGGGUCUCCCUCCGAGGCUCCGGAGUGCAGGCUGACCGAGCUGAAGAGCAGAGGGCCGGAGAAGACCCGGACCGGAGCCGUGUUCUGGCCCUCAGCCUGGCGGACCAAGCUCUGCUCCUGUGCCAGCUGCAAGAGGUCGUACGCUGAGGCGGGCGUGUCCUUCCUGCUGGAUGAGUCCGACACAGUCCUGGCCUACGAGAACAAGGGCAAGACCACAGAGCAGGAGCGGCGGGGCGGCGCCGAGGGUCGCGACCCGCUGAUGUCAGCCCUCGACAACCUCGGGCGCGUGCAGCAGCUGGAGAUCAUCCACGGAUACAAUGACAUGAAGACCGAGCUGAAGGAUUUCCUGCAGAGAUUCGCAGCGGAGGGAAAGGUGGUGACUCCGGAGGACAUCCGGCAGUUCUUCGAGCAGCAGCAGAGCCGCAAGAGGAGGCGGGCCAACGCCGGCCAGUACUACUGCAGCUGAAGUGGCUCCAUUCCAUCUGCCCCCCCCCCCCCCCCCCCCCCUGCUCACGUCUCUCCUUCCCACAUUCCCAAACACCUGUCGCUACUUGACUUCUUGUUCUUCAUUUCACUUUGUGAAAAUAUGGUCCCACUCUCCCCACAUGUCUUUGGAGUCCAUGUCGUUUGUUCUCCCGUCUUCUGUAUUUUCAACCAGUAUGCAUUUGAAACGUGUUUUGUACCGGAAAAUCGGUUUUGGUGUGUCAGCCUUGAUGCCGCUCUGAUCAACAGUGUGCUUUGUUGUCCUGGCUCCUCCUCAGAAUAUUUACACGGUUAAUUAGGUCUCUGCAGGUUACUGAAGGAAACUAACCCCAGCCAGUCAUUUUAGAGGCUCGCUUUGAUCAAUGUGGAAUAUAUCUUUAUUUCCCAGAAGGAAAGGCCAUCUUAUUGUGGCCCCUUUAAGACUUUUUCCAGACAAAAGGAAAGAGCUGUAUACAGACAUUACGGACCCUGUGCUUAUGACAGCGGUUCCCCUGACAUUUCAUUAAGCGUUCAUUUGAGGGUAGACUUCAAUAGGUUCUUUCUUCAAACAUUCAAACUGAAUGCAUUACCCUUCACUGCCUUGCAGGGGUCAGAGAAAAGGGUCAAACCGUAGUUAACCUGGUCCAAACAAAAGGCAUUUUUCUCCACAAUAUGCUCCAUUGCAUUACCAUCUUGCUGAUUAAAUAAUGUCACUGCUGUACUUAUUAAAUAUUCUUUAUUCAGACACAAGUGUAGUAGAAGUCAGUGCCGAACCACAUCGAAAUCCCUUGUUAAGUCUAUAACCAUGUCGGAUUUUUGUCCCUUUUUAUUGUUCUUUGAGAAAUAAAGAAAUUGUCAAUUUA